AUGCACGUGUUACACGGCUUCGGCCAGCGACGCAAGUCGACUCGCCGUCCUCGCGACCUCCACAUCCGAAAGGUCUCAUUCUCAGGAUCAUCACUCUCAUCCGGCUGCUCACUCUCAUCAUCAUCAUCAUCCACCAUCUCAGCAAGCUCAACACCCGCCGCCAGGACACCAAUCGCCGGCCGACUCGAAGUCGACCCUCUCGCCUCACAUCCCGCCUUCCACGCACCACCCAGACUUUACGAACGUCCAUUCAUCCACAUGGACGAGUCCGAGCCUGUCUUUUACGGAACUGACAACGCAGUCGUCGACGAGGAGGAUUACGUCGAGCAGGAUGUUGCUGCUCAGCAGCCCACCGAGAUGGCUCUGCCUCCUCAUGUGAGCCCAGCAGAUGUCGCCGAUGAGGAGGCCAGUGAGCCAAGGGAUUACUUCUUCGCCACAUUAACAAAACGACCUCCCAUGCCCAAGUCUCGCUGGUCGGAAUCUACUAUCCAAAGCAUCCAGACCUUCGAGGACGAUGAGGAUGACUCCGAAGUCACCCAGUCUGAAGACGAGGAUGAGAACGACACUGCUUCUGUCCUGGAGAUGCGUCGUCUAUCCCGUCAUGCCUCAUCACUACAAUCUGUCUCUAUCAACACCACUUACACUACCCGACCUGGUCUGGCUCCCAAGCGUCCUCCCAUGCGCUCCCUCGACAGCGUCGACAACUUUAUCCGACGCGGAGGAUGGAAGCGUCGCGGCAUCGUCUUCCACAAGGAAGACCUUGACAACCAGCGUUGCGAACAAGAUCGUAACAGCUUCUAA